CCUGCCGGGAAGCGGGUUCCCAGUCCCGGCCGAGAGCGCGGGCGCCGAGGGGACCGACCCGGACCCCCCGCACCCCCCCAACCGCCAGGCCAUGGCUCCCACGGGGCUCCUGGUGGCCGGCGCCUCCUUCCUCGCGUUCCGGGGGCUGCACUGGGGGCUGCGGCGGCUCGGGACCGCUGACAGUGGUGGAACCUCUGCGUCUCCCUGGCGCACAGCCUGCUCUCGGGGACCGGGGCGCUGCUCGGGUUACUUCCUGGCAGACGGAGCUGACCUGCUGUGGAACCAGACCUUGGGCAAGACCUGGGAUCUUCUCUGUCAUCAUUUGGUGGUGGUGAGCUGCCUCAGCACCGCUGUUCUGUCUGGCCACUACGUGGGCUUCUCCAUGGUGUCUCUGCUCCUGGAACUGAACUCUGCCUGCUUGCACCUGCGGAAGCUGCUGUUGCUUUCUCACCAGGCCCCAUCCCUGGCCUUCAGCGUGACCAGCUGGGCCUCCUUGGCCACCCUGGCCCUCUUCCGCCUGGUCCCGCUGGGGUGGAUGAGUCUGUGGCUGUUCUGGCAGCACCACCAGGUUCCUCUUGCUCUGGUCACCCUGGGUGGAAUUGGGCUGGUCACUGUGGGCAUCAUGAGCAUCAUAUUGGGGAUCCGUAUUCUGGUCAAUGAUGUCCUACAGUCUCGACCCCAUCCACCCAGCCCUGGCCGUGAGAAAACCAGGGGGACCAGGACACGUCGUGACAAUGGACCUGUCACCAGGAACAGUUCGACUCUCAGCCUGAAAGACUAGAGAGAAGCCAUGGGCCCCUCGCUGGGGGAGGUGGGGCCAGGACAAGGAGAUGAGGGUCUUCCAUGCACAGUCCCCCAUCAGGGUGAGGGCCAGACUUGCUC